AUGGCACGUCAAGGGACUCCCCACGACGAAUAUGACCUCUUGGAACAAGUGGGUACAGGCUCUUUUGGUACUGUCCAUAGAGCUCAACACAAGGCAACCCAUCAAGUUGUUGCCAUCAAGGUGAUGAAGCGGACGAGUCAUUCAGCUGAAUCCACCAACACGCGUGAAUACAAGACACUUAAGCAACUUGCUCGUCACCCCAACAUUGUACAAUUACACGACAGCUUUACUGGGCCGAGCAAAGAAUUGUAUUUUAUUAUGGAAUACAUGGAUCAAGGCAAUCUAUAUCAACUUAUCAAACAACGACGUGAAACCAACAGCCCUCUCAAUCAUGCCGAAAUUCGAUCCAUUUUACGACAGAUAUUGAAAGCAUUAGCGCAUCUUCAUCAACAAGGCAUCUUUCAUCGUGACAUGAAACCAGAGAACCUGCUGAUCAGCUCCCCACCGACGACGGCAACAACAAAGGAUCAUGAACAGCCAUUAUCGCCUGUAAUCAAGCUCGCUGAUUUUGGACUUGCUCGUGAACUUAGAAGCCGACCACCGUAUACUGAUUAUGUGAGCACACGGUGGUACAGGGCACCGGAAGUAUUGUUACGAUCCACGCAUUAUUCUUAUCCUGUCGAUCUAUGGGCGGUGGGUGCUAUCUUUGCUGAAUUGACGACUUUGCGGCCUUUAUUUCCGGGUCGUAGUGAGGUGGACCAAUUGUAUCGUAUCACUCAGGUUCUCGGCAAACCGGAACGACGAUCCAAGAAACAGCAACAAUUACAUCCUCAGCCAGUGUCUGAUCGAGAAUGGGCCGAUGGGGUCAAAUUAGCUCACAAGAUGGGCUUUGAUUUUGUUGUACAGUCACCUACCAAACCUUUGGCCAAGAUGAUUCCCACAGCCACAGAAUCCAUGUUGGAUCUACUAAAGCGAUUUCUGGUUUAUGAUCCUUCACGUCGUAUCAAGGCAUCUGAAGCUCUACGAUCGACCUUUUUAUGCGAGGACAAGAACCAUGCUCUUUAUAGCAGCACGUGCUGUCCUGAAAAAGACUUUGAUGUAUUGCCACUCCCACCACCUCGAAAGAGCCUACUAUGGUCCAAAGCUGUCAUCUCCUCCUCCUCCUCGUCGUCCUCUUCCAAUACAACACCACGCAUACCCCAAGAUAUUCGAGAAGCUUUACGCAUUUCCAAAAGCAAGACCAUCGAUCGUCUUCAUAGAAAAUCCAAACCAAGUCUGCGUAUGGAUCAUGAUAGCAAUCUUCUCCACAAGAGCAACAGCGCCAACGACUUCCAACAUCAUCAUCAUCAUCAUCAUGUACAACAUCAUCAACAUACCAAUUCGGAUAACCCCCCACAACAACCAUUGGCAGAACAUUUACCAUCCAUCCCCGUAUUAUCUCCCAUUUUUGCAGAGUGGGGUGAACGUCGCUUCUUGUACAAUAAUCAUGAAUGGUGUAAAUAG